AUGAGAUUCGACCACCUCGCCUCGACUCACAUGACGGUUGGGUGCGGAAGAAUCGGCAAGGUCGAAGUUGAUUGUCGCUUCGUCUUUACCAAGUCUCGCUGGGGCAUCAUCGGCGAGUCUGAGCAACCGGGCGGCAUCAUUUACCUCGACCUGAACUUCCGUCAACCCCCUGACUGCAAGCUUGAGUCAGCAACUGUUACAGUCAUACUUACCGAGGACGAUGAACGGGGUCAGCAUGCUUGCCCGGUCAAAUUUACACACCACUAUGGCCCCAAAGAGCUCCGUGGCCGGGAAACGCCCGUCCAUAUGAGGAGAGUGAAGAAGCUCGCGCCCGAGGUGCAGGUCCUGGACUACGGCGGCGGAAGGAAAAAGUCGUGCGGACCCACAAUCGCUGGUCUUUUGCUGGCAGCAUUUCGCCAGGCAAAUGGAGCCACUGGGAUAGAACUCUGCAGUGUUACGGAUCGCCGCGAGAAUACGCUGGAAUUGCAGCCAACGCACAGUAAUCUGUUCCAUACAGCCUUUGCGCUCGAGCACAACGCGAAGAAAUUCUAUAUGAUGGUCCGCGUUAGCGGCUAG